AUUCCGCUCAUUACUUUCAAGCGAGAGAAGGAGGUGGCACGACGACUGAUGUUUGAUGGGUGCUGGAUCACUGAAGAGGACAACGAGGAGAGUGGUGUUAUCGACACCUUACUAUGGUAUCUCGAUCGAAUUGUAAUCAGCUCGAAGUCAUUUCCGAUGAUGUAUUGGGAUAAAUUCGUACGGCGAAAGACACGACAAAAGUUUAAAGAUCAGGUGGACGAGGAAACGCUGACUGCUAUUCUGGGAGAAGAGAAGUCCUCUGGUGACAACAGCUUUGACUACAGAUACACAUGCUGGUUGUGGAUUGGUGUCAUUCUCACCAACGGCCAGUUCCUCUAUCGCGUUGGUUAUCUGCUUUGUUCGGCUUGUGGUGUUUUCAUAUCGCCGUUCUUCUACGCUUUCCAUCUUAUUGACGUCGUUCUCUCGUUUCCGAUGUUGAAAGCCAUUCUUCAAUCGGUUACUCAUAAUCUUCAGCAAUUGAUUCUGACGAUUAUGAUGACGUUGGUAGUCGUGUACCUCUACACGGUGAUUGCCUUCAACUUCUUCCGCAAGUUCUACGUUCAAGAGAGUGAAGAUGGCGAAGAACCAGAUCGAAAAUGUCACAAUAUGGCAACGUGUUUCAUCUACCACUUUUAUGUUGGUGUACGUGCUGGUGGUGGUAUUGGUGACGAGUUAGAAUCACCAUAUGGUGACGAACUUGAGUAUCCACGAAUGUUCUACGAUAUUUCAUUCUUCUUCUUUGUCAUCAUCAUUCUUCUGGCAAUCAUGCAAGGUUUGAUCAUCGACGCAUUCGGGGAACUUCGUGAUCAGCAAGAAUCAGCAACGGAAAAGCUCGAAUCGUCGUGCUUUAUCUGCGAUAUCGGCAAGGAGACAUUUGAUCGAAUGCCGAGAGGUUUCGAAAUCCACACCACCAAGGAACACAACUUUGCCAACUACUUGUAA